AUGAUCUCAGGCGCCCGCGCCAACGUCGGGUUGAAGUCUGGCCGCCACAUGUUCGAGUUCAAGAUCGUGGAGACCUACCACACGACCGAAACCUAUAACAGCAGAUUGAAGCAGAUGAGGCAACUGGUGCGAGUGGGCUUCUCCACAGCAGGCUCCCCGCUGGUGCUUGGUGAGUCUGAUACCGCAGUGUUCUUCGACAACGAGGGCAAUUACUGCACUGGGAAGACUCGAACUCCUCGGGUGGUGCAGAAAUUUGCCCGUGACCAGGGCAUGGCUGUGGUUCUGAACCUGGAUCCGAAGAGUCCUCAUGCGAACACAAUCAGCCUCUUCACAAAUGGCGUCCGCGCCUGCAAGCCCCAGAAGCUUCCGGAGUCACAUGCAGUGGACGUUAAUCUGAUGUCCAUGAGCAACAGCCAUUCGGUCUGCAUCGUCGUGGAGGGAAGCCCUGCAAAUCCUCGGUUGCUGGCACCACAUGCCAUUGCACCGGUCAUCGUGGUCGGAGCGGCAAUUGGAAAAUGUGCGAAGAGUGCCAGGUGGCAAUGUGCUCUGCUCCUACUGGCGCAGUUGGAGAAGACCCAAUUGCGAAGCGACGCCGUAGCCUGCAGCUCCUGUAUCAAUGCGUGCGCAAAGGCGGAACAAUGGCAGGUGGCCCUGCAGGUUCUCUCACAUGCGGAGUCCACUCAGGUGGAAGCAGACUCCGUGCUGUACGGCAGCGCAAUCUCUAGUUGCGCCGCUGCACGAAUCUGGCACCAAGCCCUCGCGCUGUUCUCAAAGUUGCAAGCGCGCUCACUGGAGCCCGGGACCAUGACGACUUCCUCAGCGAUCGCAGCUUGUGACAGGUGUGGCGAGUGGGAAGCUGCAUUGGCACUCUUCGCCGCUGUUCAGAGCACGGACCCGGAGCUGAGCGUCUUCAACGCAGUCAUCAGCGCCUGCGGCAGCGCCUCCCGUUGGUCUCAGGCCACAGCUCUGCUCUCGGAUCUGCAGCAUAGACGGCUCACUGCAGAUGUGAUUACCUACAACGCCGUCAUCAGCGCUCUUGGCAGUGCUCAUUUAUGGCAGACCGCGUUGCAGAUGUUCGGUGACCUUGAGGCCAUCUCCGUGAGUCCAGAUCGAUACAGCCACGCGGCAUUGAUCGCCGCUUAUGAUCGAGCAAGUCACUGGCAACGAGCGUGCCGGCUCCUGGCAUCAUUGGAUCAAACGUCCGGAGAGAAAGAUUCCGUCAUUUUCAAUGCCGCCAUCAAUGCAUGUGCUACGUGUGAGCAGUGGCAGCAGUCUCUGCAUCUGCUUUCAGACAUGAGAUUGAGCAGAUUGCCGCUGUCCAUGGCGACCUUCUACGGAGCGCUUAUCGCUUGCGCUGCAGGCGGCAGAUGGCAGCAUUCUCUGCAGCUGCUGUGCGAGGUGGAGACGACAAAAGCUGCCGGUAACUUGAUGUUGUGGAACCAGGUCCUCCUGGCCUGUCAACGCGGUGCAGCAUGGAGUUCUGCGCUGGCACUCGUCCACACUCUCGACGAAACCUGUGGUGCCGGUUCGACAGAUGCCAGGGCAUACGCCGGAGUUCUCAACAGCUGCGUACGUCGUGGACUUUGGCAGCACGGCGCUUCGAUCUUGGCGGACUGCAGUGGCUUUCGGGUCACCUUGGAUCUUACUGCACAUUCAGAAAGCAUUAAUGCAUGCCAUCGGGCGCAGCAGUGGCAGCUCGCUGUCGAUAUGAUGCAUGCGGUCCAUCAGAACUCGCUUCAGUUCGAUGUGAUGCUAUGCAACACGGCAAUCAGCAUUUGUGAAACUGGCCGCCGCUGGAGACAUGCGGUGUAUGUCUUCGAAUCCAUGGAGAAGAUGUCCUUUGACGUAGAUGUGGUGACCAUCACGUCCGCCAUGAGUGCAUGUGAACGUAGUGGUCGAUGGCAGAUUGCCUUGGCUUAUUUCCAAGAGAUCCAGAAGAGACGCCUGGAGCCAAAUGGCUUGACCUACCACACGCUCAUCUCCGCGUGUUCUGAACACACGGAGUGGGCACUGCGGCUGCUGCAAGACAUGGCCAACCAGGCCAUGGAAGGCGUUGUCAUGGUAUUUAAUGAUGCCAUCUCCCAAUUUGGGCAGACCGGGCGCUGGAGGCAAGCUCUGAUGUGUUCCGACAACCUGACAUGCCACGGUUUGCAGCUCGACGGUGUGACCUACAUCUCUCGUACGAGUGCGCUUGCAAGAGCCGAUCGCUGGCAGGAUGCCCUGGGGCAACUGAAGACGCUGAGAGCCUGCAAGCUCGAGGUUGACUUUGAAACCAAAGCCAGCAAUGCGGCUCUGAGCGCGUGUUCAAAGCACCUGUGGCCGUACGCGCUGGCUUUGUUUCAGCAGAUGGAGCGGCAGCGGCUCAGCAGCACCGUCACCUACGCCACCCUGAUGCAACUCUGCGAGCACAAUGGGCACUGGGAGAUCUCUCUUUCGCUCCUUCAGCAGCUUGACGAGAGCAGCAGCCUUCAGUUUGACAGUGCGGUCCUCAAUGCUGCGCUUGGCAAUUGCGCGGCUGCACGGGCAUGGCAGCUGGCACUGGACCUGGUUUACCGGUGCGGCGCGCAGAUACCAGGUGACGUGAUUACCUUCAACCAGGUGCUUCGAAAUUUGGAUGGCCAUUGGGAGAUGGUGCUCGCAACAUUGGCAGCGAUGGAGGAGCGUGCUUUGAACAAGGACCUUCGAAGCUAUGGGAUAGCUAUGAAUUCCCUCAUCUCUGCCAGCGCGUGGCCACGGGCUCUGGAGCUCUUCGGGGAGCUCCGCACCAGGCAGAUGCGGCCAGACAAAGAUUCUCACCACAAGUUGCAGCGUUGCAGCUUUCAGAAGUCUCCUGCCCUGAAGGGGUUCCCUCACAUCAGCUACCGUCACAUGAGCGUCAUGGUGAACAUGGGCAAGAAGCCGUUCACGAAGAUGCCCUUCGUCUGCCGAAUGGUUGCUGAUGCAGCGACAUCCGACAGCAAGGUGGAGACCCCACCCAAGGAUGGCAAGUGCGAGGUGGUCAUGCCCGUGGCCUUUCCAGACGAAGGCACUUUCGACUGGCUGGACAGCUUCCUGGAAGACAAGCCUACCUACACGGAGCUCAGUGACAGGCGGAUCCAGGAGUGGGCAGUGACUUCCGGCCUUCCGCGGCCAAAGGUGGGCCCACAGGCGUCAAAUGACAAGCCAUACUACAUGUACGGCCUGCCGAGCCUGGACGACAUGAGCACGCAGAAGGUGGUGUCUAUGCUGGCACCCAUGCAGCCCCGCAAUUACGUCGUGAUGGAGGUCAAGUCCAACCUCAUCAAAGAGGAGCGCGCGCAGGUCUUGAAGCGCUUCCCUUCGACACACUUCAAGAAGGUGGCCUACGUUGUGAUGGGGGAGCCUGGCCAGGACUACAAGGCCAGAGUCCGCAACAAAAUCCUGAAGAUCAAGCAGGACAAGGCUGACUCUACCUGGAGAAUCAAGAAGGCACAGCAAGAGCAGAAGAAGAGAAUGAUCCAGCGACAAAAGGACCUGGAAGCGAAGAAGAAGGAGGCAGAAGAUGCGAAGAAGAAGCUGGAAGAGGAGGCGAACAAAACCGAGCAGGAGGAAGGUGCAGAGGAGAAGAAGGCGGACACCGAAGCAGCGGCUGCGGAGCCUGCCAAGCCGGAUGAAGAGAUGAAGAAGGACGACGAACCAGCGCCAGAGGAGGAGGAAGAUUUGGGAGAUGAGCCACCAAAGGUGGAACUCACGGAAGAGGAGGAGAAAAUGAGCUUCCUUCCGAAGGGGGCCGUCCCUGACUUGACUCCGUCCGUUUUGAGCAAGGCGUUUGCGAACUUCACCAUCCCAGAGAAGGACGAGGGCUUCGAUGAGAUCAAGUUCAUCUGGCAAGACGAAGCGGAGAGUAAAGAGUACCUGCGCAAGUGGGUGCUUGAGACGAAGCUCACGACACGCAUCGAGGACCUGCAGCCAUCCCAGGACUUCAAGGACAAGUAUGCGGCGUGGCAGAAGAGCUUUUCGGAGCUCCAGGGAAAGCAGAAGGCCUGGAGAGCGGCAGGCUCCAAGAAGGCCAAGGAUGGUGCGUCAGGCGACGCCGUGGAGGACAUCAACGACAUCGGUGGCGGUGAGCCCCUGUAUAGCAGCUUCGAAGCCGAGGACUGGGCCCUGCUGCAGCUUCGCUACGAGCUUUUCCUGCUUCAGGAUUCCUUCAAGAAGGACGUCAACGAUCCUGAUCGUGUUGCAAUCCCUGAAGCUCACUUGAGCUUUUACUAUAGCAAAUACUUCAAGAAGCAGAUGAACUUGAAGCAGUUUGGCGUCACCGAGAUUGCAGACCUUGUCAAGCUGGCCAAGGACACCGUGGCCAUUAGCGAGGACACGAAAAUGUUCUCCACGAUCCUAGACGACGAUCUUGAGUCGAUGGACGCGCUGGUGAAGCUGACAGAGGAGAGCCGAAAGGAGCGGCAACGCAGAAUUGAUGCGGGUGAUGAGACAGCCCGGCUAAAGUUUGUCCUGCACAACCCUGCGCCAGCUCCAGUGGCCCCGGCGGCGGUGGCCGUGGCAGCGGCAGUGCCGGCGAUCCCUGGGCCCAAGGGCAAGGGCAAGGGAAAGAAGGGGAAGUGGUAG